AGUGUUGAUCACCUGACGCAGUUGCAGCGUAAAUAUUUUUAUCAUCAGAGCGAGCGACCGAUACUUCGCCGUUUAAACGGCAUAAAUGAGCGCUCCACUCAAUCCAGUAAUAGUUUAAACUGCGUGUGUUUUCCUAUUAUAGUCUACAGUUUGUAAUACAUAAACUAAGCGGAGAAAUGAACGUGGAUCUUACGCAGACCGGAGCAGCAGCAGCGACGUCCAGCAGCAGCAACUGCGUCCCGAACAGCAGCUCCGCAAACGCCAGCAGCAUCCCUGCGCUCGCCAGCAGCAAUGUGUCCACUUCGGCUUCCAUGGCAACCCCAUCCUCUGACUCCACUGUAUCAAACGGCGUGUAUGUGCCCACAGAGAUCGCCAAUGGAGACGUGAAGCCUGUGAUCUCAACUACACCACUGGCAGAUUUCCUCAUGCAGCUGGAGGAUUACACUCCUACAAUUCCAGAUGCAGUUACAGGAUACUACCUCAACAGAGCUGGAUUUGAAGCAUCAGAUCCAAGGAUAAUCCGUCUCAUAUCUCUGGCAUCUCAGAAGUUCAUCUCUGAUAUUGCAAACGAUGCGCUACAACACUGCAAAAUGAAGGGCACGGCCUCUGGAAGCUCCCGAAACAAGGCCAAGGACAAGAAGUACACUCUGACAAUGGAAGAUCUGACACCGGCUUUGGCAGAGUACGGCAUAAAUGUUAAAAAGCCUCAUUAUUUCAUCUGAGGGCUUGUGCUUCAUUCUAAUGGACUGCUGGAAAUGUGCUAAUUGUCAAGAUGAGAAACAUCGGCCCACUUACUUUUAGGGAUUUAACAGCUUUUUUGUAUUUUAGUUAAGCCUGGUUCAGUUAAAUUAUGCCACAUGACUUGAGUUGAUGCCAGUAAAAAUCUUGUAUAAAUAAAUUCAUUACAAUACA